AUGCUGCUGCUGUUGCUCCCUGUGCUGUGUCUGAUCCCAGUGCUACUGUUGCUGCUCUGUGUGCCUGAUCCCAGUGCUGUUCCUGACCCCAGUGCUGCUGCUGCUCCCUGUGCUGUGCCUGAUCGCUGUGCUGCUGCUCCCUGUGCUGUGCCUGAUCCCAGUGCUUCUACUGCUCCCUGUGCUGUGCCUGAUCCCAGUGCUGCUGCUGCUCCCUGUGCUAUGCCUGAUCCCAGUGCUGCUGCUGCUCCCUGUGCUGUGUCUGAUCCCAGUGCUGCUGCUGCUCCCUGUGCUGUGCCUGAUCCCAGUGCUGCUGCUGCUCCCUGUGCUGUGCCUGAUCCCAGUGCUGCUGCUGCUCCCUGUGCUGUGCCUGAUCCCAGUGCUGCUGCUGCUCACAAGUGUGCCUGA